AAUCAAGCACGUUUAGUUUACAAAUACAGUGGACCAGUGGAAGCGGCUUAUUACGAAGGUAUUGCUGGUCUCAGUAAUACUAAUCACUGAAGAUGCACCAUUAUAUUAACUAUACCGUCUAUACGUCAAAAAUGCAGCCUCUACUAACAUUGCUAUCGAUGGUUUUAUUUCUGGCACUGCAAAAUCCCUUGUUCGUACAAUGUUUAGUGGAUGACUUGGAAAGCGAAUGUAGCGAGCCCGCUGCUGCCCAAAACAAGCCGGUACCACCCACUGUGACGUUUCCGUUCCGCACGGAUGGUCUUACCAGAGAAGAAUUCUGCCUUCGCUUCGCCGAGAAAACCAGCUGCAAUCAAGCUAUGUUCGGUUCAACGUACAAAUUCGACAACUGCAACAACGCAACCGACAGCGAAAUUCGAGCGCAUCCUUGGGGAGACUUCAUUAAGAAGACCUACAUUGAUUUCAACUGUCCUAGUGAAAGUCGGGAGCACAUGACGGCCAUAACGAAAGCUAUCAGUGGGAUAAGCCCAACACGCGCACUAACGAUCGCCCUUUACGACAACGCAGAUGACCGAUGGCUGGCUAUUCAUAAUGACGUCAUCGAACCGGUUCGAAACCAAGUUAUUCAGCUGUCUGUCUUAUUCUGCAAGACACCCAAUAUCACAGCCAAAGUGUAUGCCAUGGGACUGUUGCCCAACGUACUCCGUUUCCAGUUGGGUUGGUACUGCCAUGGCCUGGUGGUAAGAAAAGUUGAUUUCUCGCGGAUGCCACAAGUGCGAGUGAUUCAGUUUAUCGUGUCAACUACCAUUGCCGAAAUGGAACCGUACACUUUUACCGAUCUAAGCAACCUACAGAUUUUAACACUGGAAGGCCAAAUCGCUGGGGAUUUGUAUUCACGUGGAGAGAAUGACCACGGGAUAGCCAAGGGUUUCUUGCCAGAUCACGCGUUCGAGCAUAUUCGUCGACUGCAUUGUGACUGCUCGUUCGCUUGGUUCCGAAAUUUCUUAAAGAAGAAACCGUACCUGACCGCUGCGAUAGGGGAAGGUGAACUGAUGACUGUUGGGAGCUUUAAACUUCCUGAGAGCGACAUUCGGGAUCCUGGAAGUUCCGCUAAUGUGACGGCACUCACACGUCAUGAUCUAGAAAGCUCUAGCCUCCGAUAUCGCGUUAUCGACACUAAGUGGUCGCCGGUACUUAGCGUCAAUUGUGCUCAGGAUUUCAACUGGCGAAACACCCAGGCCGGAAUUCAGUUUUCCUACAACACCACUUGUUACAACAUGGACUGCUAAUGACACCACUCCCCGUACAUCAGUCCGUUAGUCGACAUGAGGAUAGACUCUAAACGCUGUUCAUGAGUUUAGCCUUUCUUUCGAAAAACAUUAUUUUCAUUAUACAGUACAUGUUCCUGUGCUUUUAUAGUCAGUUAUGCAAUUGGUUUUCCACUUUGCGACGGUCGUGGUUACGGUGCUGUUGUAGAUUUUGUUAGAGAAGGACAAUAUUUCGCGAAACACGAAACAACGUUUCACGUAGGUA